UCAGUCAGUCAGCCUCCCUCCCUCCUCCAGCUCAGAGGAAACUGCAGAUUCGUUCUGAAAGCUCACGGCGUGAAAUUAACACCACAGCCUUUGAGCCACAAUGGCCACUGCACCAUACAACUACUCGUACAUUUUUAAGUACAUCAUCAUCGGGGAUAUGGGGGUUGGGAAGUCAUGUUUGCUUCACCAGUUUACAGAAAAGAAAUUCAUGGCAGACUGCCCCCACACAAUCGGCGUGGAGUUUGGAACGAGGAUUAUUGAGGUGAGCGGGCAGAAGAUCAAGCUGCAGAUCUGGGACACGGCAGGGCAGGAGCGCUUCAGAGCUGUGACGCGCAGCUACUAUCGGGGCGCCGCUGGAGCGCUCAUGGUGUACGAUAUCACCAGGAGAAGCACGUAUAACCACCUCAGUAGCUGGCUUACUGAUGCCAGGAACCUCACCAACCCCAAUACUGUGAUCAUUCUCAUAGGUAACAAGGCAGACCUGGAAGCCCAGCGAGAUGUGACAUACGAAGAAGCCAAGCAGUUUGCUGAGGAGAACGGUUUGCUUUUCCUGGAAGCCAGCGCAAAAACAGGCGAGAAUGUGGAGGAUGCUUUCCUGGAGGCGGCAAAAAAGAUUUACCAGAACAUUCAGGACGGCAGCCUGGACCUGAACGCGGCUGAAUCAGGGGUCCAGCACAAGCCUUCUGCCCCUCAGGGUGGCCGGCUAACCAGCGAAACACAGCCUCAAAGGGAAGGAUGUGGCUGCUAAUGACCAACACUACCUACUCGACCUUCUCAUCCCCUCUCACCUCUCCCAUCGCUCCAGCCGGCCUCGUCCUUUCCCGACCUGCAGGGGUGUGUGAGAGGCCAACGAACAGAGGCAACUACACACAGGCUCGACUGUUUGUCCGUGAUCCUUCCCCUCUUGUCUUACUUGGUUUGUCCUUUUUCUCUCGUCAUGCUUUGCCUGAGUAUCGGCCGAUAUUUAUCUGAUACUAGUCAGAGAUUUGAGAAGCGUCAAUGAUGGCGGCAUGAUGGUGUUCAAUCAACGAUCUGUUGUGUUGGUCAACACCGUGAAUGAAUGUUCAUAAAACAUCAGUCAGAACUGAAAACGCGUCACAGUAUUGGCCACAAUGCCGAUACUCAGGAUCAGAUGGUACGUCCAUUAUCCCAUCAGAUUAACAGGGUGUGUUUUAUUAUAGUGUGUUGAUUCUUGGAUGUUGGAGAGUCUUUCCUCUGUCAAAAAAAAAAAAGACACUUUACAAAAAGGCACGUCCCCUCACUUAAAAGAUUCCCAAUAUUUUUUCCAUCAAUUUUGUGCUGGGCCUCCUUUCCACCUCCCCUCUUCUGAAAACCAUGUCCAUUAGAACUAGAACCAGCAUCUGAUUUGUUGCCUUAUUGUCUUAUGAUUCAUGAUGAUAUAACCAACACUGUCUAAUCUUAUUUUCCAUCAGAAUUAAACAUGCAGUUUUACACUGUUGCGACAUUUUAUUAUCGAUCAGCGUGACAAGAAAAAGCUUCAUUUGUGAAUGCUGUGUGGUAGAUGCGCUUGUUCUGGCUGUAAAUUUGACCCGCCGCUGUCAUAUAGGCUUGUAUAGAAACACUGGAUCACAGAGGGUGUAAAUCUACCGCAGAGGGUUGAUUUCACUCAUUGUAUCAUAAACACUUAGAAGCUGUAUAUAUGGCUAAAUAUGUCGGGGGCAGGGCGUAGAGCAGCACUCUUUCCAUUGUACAGUGGAUAUCCGAGUCACUGGUAACCUUCAACUAGGAAAUUCUUAACAUUUUCUAUGACUAAACGUAUGUGUGGACACACUCUCGCUUUACUCACAGGGUGUUCAGGUUAAACUCCACCACGCACCUCCUUUUGGCUUAUAUACGGCAAAGUCCUCCAAAUUCAGCUCUACACUGGAAGUUCUUUCGAGAGCGCAGAACGCUGCUUAAAGCUGAAAAGCAAUGAGUAGAGGAAGGGAAUGUGGGCUUGGUGUCUCUUCAGUGUCUGAAUAACUACUUCUGACCAUCAGUUUAAAAUGUACACUUUAUACAUACGCGUACAUUUGAAGGAGCUGCACCAAUGUUAAAAUGCAUUCUUGCGUGUAUGAUUAAAAAUGUUGAUAUUUUGAUUUUAAUUAUAAUAAAAUGUUCUAAACGGAAAA